CUGUGGAGGUACAAAUGUGAAAAGGCGGGUGGUGAACUUGUGGAAAAUGGAACAGAGCUCUGCUUCAACAUACAAUAUCCCAUGUCAUGACAUAGUAAAUACUGUAGAGUUUUGUCCUUACGAUUGGUGCUCGACAUUGCUUGCAGUUGGGACGAAUUCACGAGUAACAAUAUACCGCUGUAGAUUUAUCAAUGAGGAAGAUGAAGGGGAGGAGUCCAUGCAUGAGGAUUUUGAUUUCAAGUUGUUGAUAGACAUACAAAAUGGCUGUCCUGUGCGGUCUCUCUCUUGGUCACCGGUGACGUCGUACAAGUCGUAUGAACAGCUGGACACUAUCAGAAUUGCAGCAGCUGGGAGUGACAACAGAAUAAAAAUAUUUACAACAGAUCUGGUGGAAGGAACAGAAGCCGAGGUACUUGAGGGUCAUUCUGAUUUUAUCAAUGCCCUCACCUACAACCCAGAAAAUGGUGACAUUCUGGCCUCAACAGGAGAUGAUUACACAUGUCGAUUAUGGGGUAAUGAUGGUAGUCAACAGGCAUGCUUCCAACUGAGUGCCCCCGGGAUGUCAGUCUGCAUCCACGAAAAAGAAUCUGGGAAGGUGGUGGUAGCCCAGAAGAACGGCAUCAUUAAGAUGUUUAGCCUUGACCUCCAGCACCAGAUCAGUUCCUGUGACUGUGGGAUUUCCCCCCUGAUGGGGAUAGACUGGUGUCGGGAGGACGAGGACAUCAUAGGAGCUGUAGCGGGCACAGAGUGGCUGGUGUUCCAGUUAUCUAGGUCAAGUCAGCCCUUAGAGAGAAGACAGGCCCACACAGAUGGGGUUCGAGACAUCAAAUGGUGUAAGAGUCAACCUAAUCUUCUAGCCACAUCAGGUCGCCCAGGGAGGCAAAUCAAAGUGUUCAAUACAAGACAUCACCAGGUUCCUCUGAACACUUCGUUAAAAGUAUCAUAUGGAAUGAGUUGGCAUGCUCAGUUACCAGUGCUAGCAGUUGGAGGUGAUUCACAGGUACAUCUGUACUACAUAGAACCAGCCAGGCAACAGACAUGACACUGUCAGGGAACACUAUCGCUGAUAAUGUUGGAGGACAUUUUCAAAGGAAGAACUUGUGGAUACUGGAUAGUGAUGUUUAACAGACACAACAGCACAAUUAUUGUGAACUCAGUAUUGAUGGUGUAUGAAAUUUUCAAUCUCAUGAGUUAUUCAGGUAUUGUCUCCAAGAUAUUGGUAAUUUGUAGCUGAGAACUUGAGAACAGAAACUGCAUGUAAUAAUGAAAACAAAAUCUAGUUCUGUUUUGAAUGUGUGGAAAUUUUUUAGUUACAAAUGAGGAUUUUCUUGCAUAGUAUGGAUUUCGUGUGUUUGGAAAUUCAUUAUAAAAUUAAAAGUAUUGCAAUGGAGAAAGAUUUUUCCUUAAUAAGAACCUUUAAGAAUGAGUUUUAGCAUUAUGCUUUUGUAGCAAUACACAUACAAUACCAGUGGACAAGAUAAGACCCCUUUUAAGUUUUUGGUCUGUACUUCUGGGUGUUCUCGGAGGGAUGCAAUACUUCAAAGUUAAAGGGCAUCAUUUUCUCUGACAUUAUGUAAUUAUUGCUGUUCUUGAGGUCAUUACAAUGAUUUAGACACCUAAGGAGUACAAUAUUGACUGAGCCCGGAGUAUGUGAGACAAUGUGUGCAUUAGAU